GGGCGGGGCCUCUCUGCACCGCAUCACCAUCAGCCUGCAGCUCCACAAAGAGAAGAACAAAAACCUAGUCGGCUGCAACUUCUGCAUGUGAGUCCAGCUCAGUUUGGAGAUUUGUCCCAUUGAACCGGCUGUUUACCAGGUGAAACCAUAAUCCCUGUCUCCACCAAACGGAAAGCAGCGAGGUGCACCAGACAAUAAGUUCAGGCUUCAUGGAGAUGAAGCUGAGGGAAGAGACGACAGAACGGACCAAAAUGUACAGAUGACAACAUAUGACACAGUCCAAAUAUGCUGUCAUAGCAGGCUGAACGUUUGAUUGACAGCUCAAAAACAACAACAACAACACACCCUUCCAUCUGCUCGUGCCCACUCAUCAUCCGUCCAACCAUGUUGUUGAGGAGGAAGCUGUGCGUUGCCGUGAUAAUCGCUGCCAUCCUCUUCCUCAUGCUCGCCAGUCAGAGCAUCCAGGUGGGGCACUUCCUGCCUCUGUCGUUAGCCCUGCCCAUCAGCCGGGCCACGCCCAUCGGCUGGGAGACAGUAGUUGAACCCACGGCGCCUCCUGCUGAUCCGACCCCUGACCCUCCCAGGACCUCCCCUCGUACCCGCACCACCAAACAUGAAGCCAAGGUGAAGCCUGAAGAGAACUCCAGGUCGUGUGGUUGUUCUGAGUCCUGUAUUUCUGACUUGGGGAGGUCAGACUGGUUCAGCCGACGCUACGACCCGAAACAGCAGCCCGUCCUCCGAGAAGCCAACAACAACUUUGACCCUGACGCGCUCAGAUGGUGGCUGAGUCUUCAGCGGUUCGGUAACGACCAGUCUCUAAAGGAGGUGAUGUCAGAGAUGUUCAAGGUCAUUUCCCCGCCAACUGUGGACUUCAAACCCCUCCCCUCCACUUGCCGUAGUUGCGCGGUGGUCGGCAACUCCGGCAACCUUCGACAGUCAGAAAACGGCAAACUGAUCGACUCCCAUAACUCUGUAAUCCGGAUGAACAAGGCGGUGACUCGAGGAUUUGAGAAAGAUGUCGGGAAUCGGACGACGCAUCACUUCCUGUACCCGGAGAGCGCGGUGGAUGUUGCUCGUGGCAUCAGCCUGGUUCUGCUUCCGUUCAAACUCAGAGACCUGGAGUGGCUGACCAGCGCGUUGUCCACCGGCGUAAUCAAAAUGACCUACAUGAGGGUUAAAGACCGAGUGAAGGCUGAUAAAGACAAGGUUCUGGUGGUGAACCCGGCGUUCUUUAAGUAUGCUCACGAUCAAUGGACUGAGGGUAACGGUCGCUACCCGUCCACUGGAAUGCUGGCCAUCAUCUUCGCUCUGCACACUUGUGACCAGGUGUCGGUGUUCGGUUACGGCGCCGACAAGCAGGGGAACUGGCAUCACUAUUGGGAGGAGAAUCGCUAUGCUGGAGCCUUUAGGAAGACCGGAGUCCACAACGCCGACUUUGAAACGCAAAUCAUCCACCAGCUCGCCAAGGAGGGCAAGAUCAGUCUGCACCUGUGA